AUGCCUGAUUCCCAAGAACCGGAUACAAGGCAUCCGCCGACAGAUAAUCCCUCGAGCCUUGAUCCUCAUAAACCCUCUGAUCAUGGAGAAGCCGGUGAUGUCGCCUCUGCGCUCCAAGGCUUGGUCGAUAUCCAAGACCACGCAGACAUCGAGCGCGAUGCUUCCGCUCAGGCUAGGGCAGCGGCCAUCGACAAGGAGAAUAAAAAGGACGAGGACCGCAUUGCGAAUCUCCGUUCUAAGAUCGCAAAACUAGAGGAGCAGAAGAAGGCACUCGCCAUCGAGAAGACGACGAAGGAACGCAUUCGAGCUCCAAAGAGUCAAAUCAAUGCCAUCGUCGACAAGAUUCUUUCCUGCUCCGAGAAGAUAGCUGACAAUCUCGAUGAGAUUAUUGCAUUCGAGGGCCGAAUUCAACAGCGCCAGCAGGAUGCCGCUGCUGCUGAGGCUGCUGCUGCCUCUUCGGCUACAACAACGCAGGAAACUCGUCGUGCCGGUCCUACGCAGGAAGAGGGCGAGGAUAGGCGUGCUUUUUUGAUCCGCACUGGAAAGAUUACUCCAUUCGCCGCCGUCCCUGAGGUGGAUGAAGAAGAAGAAGAAGAAGAGGCAGGAGUAAAUGAUGUUGCCCGUCAGAUCAACAUUCCCGACGUCGCUGGCGGCGAUGAGCCUCAAAUUCAAACCUCCCACCAGGUCCUUCGGCAACCUGGUUUUGGAACCCAACUUCUCCGCCCCCCUAUUGAUGAUGGUGCAUCAACGGACCCAGCUGCCGCCAAUCUUGAGACGGAGUUUGGCUUGAGGCCUCGAAAGCGACAACGCGUGGGAGAAGUAGCUACCGACGAGGAAGAGGAGGAUGAAAGCCCUCGCAAAAGUCGCCGCUCCAAGAAGGCAAAGAGGCCAAGACGUCGGCAGGCAGAUGAGGAUGAAGACUACAGCGCCGGCGUCGAUGGAGAAUCUGAUGUUGUGGAAUCCUCUGCUGAGGAUGGCACCAAACAACACCUUGUCAAGUUGUCCGUUAUUGACGACGCCAAGGAAUCGGCAUACAAGGCAAGGUUAUCCAAAUGGGUUAACGAGCGAAAGAAGCUGCGUGCUAGCCUCCCCCGAGCCGAUGCGGACCGCGAAGAUGACGGUGAAGAAGAAGAGUGGUUCAAACCAACACCGGGAAAACCGAAUAAGAGGAUUUAUGAAGAUUAUUAUCUUCCCGAGGAAGUCUACGAUUUCUUAUUUCCUUUCCAGAGAGUUGGGAUUCAGUGGCUUGCGGAGUUACACUCUCGAAAAGAAGGCGGAAUUCUAUGUGACGAGAUGGGACUUGGCAAGACAGUCCAACUCAUUUCAUUCAUUGCUUCGCUUCAUUUCAGCAAGAAACUCGACGGCCCAGUCAUCAUUCUUGCUACUACCACUCUCAUUGCCCAGUGGGUUAGGCAUUUCCAUCAAUGGUGGCCUCCCCUGAGAGUGUCCAUCCUCCACUCCACAGGAACGGGAAUGAUGAACCCUAAGCUCGAGGACGACGAAAGGUUUUCGUCCAAACCCGCCACCAAAUCUGACGCUGCGCGCAAAAUCAUCAAUGAUGUGGUCAAGGGCGGCCAUAUCUUGUUGACAACGUAUCGAGGUUUGGAUACUUACCUGGACGAACUCUCGGAAAUCAAUUGGGGCUACGCUGUUCUUGAUGAGGGCCACCACAUUCGCAAUCGAACUACGGAUGCCGCAAAGGCGUGCAAACAACUCAAUACUUGGCACAGGAUCAUCCUAUCUGGCACGCCCAUCCAAAAUAACCUCCGAGAGCUUUACUCACUCUUUGAGUUUGUCAAUCCUGGAUUGCUUGGAGAUUUACGUCAGUUUAUGGAAUUCUUCGAAACUCCAAUCAAGGCCGGCCACCAUAAAGGAGCGAGCACCCUCUCCAUCGCCACGGGCGACAAGUGUUCCAAGACCCUGCGGGAUACUAUAAAACCGUAUAUGCUUCGCCGGAUCAAAGCGGAUGUUGCUAACAGCCUACCGCCAAAGUCGGAGCAAGUCUUCUUUUGCAAGUUGACGCCUCGACAGGAGACGAUCUAUCGUGAGGCGCUGGAUACUCCUGAAGUCAAACGAGCCUUCAACUUCGGAGGAAUUGCAGAGUCUCAACGCCGGGCAUUGUUUUCGGCCAUCGAGAUGUUGAGGAAGGUCUGCAACCACCCUGACCUCCUUUAUAAACGGAAUAGAUCCGAGUUGCCCGAUUACGGGCACAUUGACCGGUCGGUUAAGAUGCAGGUUCUUUCAGAACUUCUGCGGAUUUCCAAGCAAUUCGGCCACAAGACUCUGGUCUUUAGCCAAAGUCUUGACAUCCUAGACAUGAUUGAGAAACUCCUGCGGUCUCAGAACAUGUCUUUUCUGCGCAUGGACGGCAACACACCCAAUACCGAGAGGCCGCAUAUGGUUGAUGAAUUCAACGCGUCUCCGGAUUUGGACGUCUUCCUCCUAACUCCGCAGACUGGGGGUGUCGGCCUGAACCUUACCGGGGCCGACCGCGUGAUCCUAUAUGACCCUGCGUGGAACCCCGCCGUCGACCGACAGGCUAUCGAGCGUGCCUGGAGGCUGGGUCAGACAAAACCCGUCAAGAUCUACCGACUUCUGACCCCUGGUACGAUCGAGGAGAAAAUGUAUCGAAAGCAGCUGUACAAGCAAUUUGUUGCAGACAACAUGCUCAAGGAUGGUAACACCAACCGGUACUUCGAUUCAACAAACCUCCGUGAUCUCUUUGACUACGGGUACGACGCGCCGGAGGCACCUCUCUUUGACAACGUGAAGCCUACUACCCCCCAGAAGUCAUCUCGGGGAGGAGUGGAUGCUAGAACCCAGACUCUAGCCCAUCGCGGAGCUGGGGCCGGUGCCAGCGCUGGAGCGUCGAAAGAGAGCGAAAGCCGAGCCCUUAAUGCCGUCCAGAAAUUCGGCGGUGUUGAGGAUUACAAGGAUCCCGUCGCGGAUGAGAAUGACCUCCUCGACGCAGUUGUUACGAGCAACGCGGAGGCGGUAUAUCAUCACGACGACGUCGUGGGUGCCCGGCAUCGCCAACCGCCAGAGAAGCGACUGACGGAGCAGGAAGCGCACCGUCUGAACGAGCGGACUGUCCAGUUCCUGCGCCAACAGUCGUCGAGAGCGCAUAUUGCGCGGUCGUCCGGUAGACCGUCAGACGCGAGGCCGACCCCGAACCCGAUCAAGGCCAUGUCCCUUGGGCCUGACAAGUCCAAGUGGAAUCUCGACAAGGUGAAGGCCUCCAUCGUCAACUUCGUCAAGCGGAGGGGUGGCAAGACGCAGACCAAGGAUCUUGUGACCUACUUCAAUAGGGAGCAUCGUGGUAUCCCAUCUGAUUUGUUUAAGAAGGCUUUGUAUGCCGUCUGCGUUGAGGAUGAGUCGGCGGUUCGCGGAAGGUCGGUUUGGAAGUUGAAGCCGGGGUUGUGA